AUGACUCGUCAACCCUGGCAAGAAGUCGCCAGAAUCGCACAGGAGGCACGAGACAAGUCUAUUGAACUCGUCCAGCCUCCUGUACCUGAUAUCCCCGCCGAUUUGCCAUUGAACGUCUCUGGAAUUCCCAAGCAGCUCCUCACCCCUGCUGAGGUGGAGAUAACAGAGACUCCUCCGGAGGUACUUGUUGAAUCGCUGGCUUCAGGGAAGCUCACAAGUGUGGAAGUUGUAAAUGCAUUUUUACGACGCGCAGGACUUGCUCAGAAGCUUGUAAACUGCAUAACAGAGCUUCUACCGAAAGAAGCCCUCGAGAGAGCAGAAUACCUUGACAAUUAUUUGAAGGAACACAAGAAGCCUAUCGGCCCCUUACAUGGUAUACCGAUCAGUGUAAAGGAACAUGUUGCUAUGAAAGGCCGCGGCCUCAAUGCGGGGUUUGUCGCCUGGUGGGACCGAGUCGCAUCCGAAGAUGCGCAUGCUCUCCAAAUCCUCUGGAAAGCGGGAUGUGUAUUCUACGCACGCACAACUGAACCGCAGACUUUAAUGCAAUUGGCUUGUUCCAGCAAUCUUUACGGAGAAACAGUGAAUGGCUUUAACCGCCAGUUGACCUCUGGAGGCAGCUCGGGUGGAGAAGGAGCUUUGCUAGGUUUGAACGGCAGCGUGCUUGGCCUUGGAACCGAUAUUGGAGGAAGUAUUCGCAGUCCUGCGGCAAACAAUGGCGUCUAUGGUCUGCGCCCAACAGGUGGCCGGUUCCCUUUCGAUGGCUUGGCAGCUGCAAGAGGUGCACAGGGAAUUCCUGCUGUGAUGGGCCCAAUGAGUACGAGUAGAGCCGGGCUGAGGUUACUGAUGAAGACAGCGCUUGCUGCGAAGCCAUGGCUGAAGGAAACUUCGCUCUUCCCAUUUCCUUGGAGAGACCAAGAGAGUUAUCUGCAAAGCGAUUCAGGGAAAAAGCUCAAGGUAGCCGUUAUAUGGGAUGAUGGCGUGGUUAGACCACAUCCCCCAGUCACGAGAGCUCUGAAGGAGCUUGCAGAUAAACUCAAGAAUGUGUCAGGUGUGGAAGUCGUGGAUUGGAAACCAUACAAGCAUGACUACGGAUGGGAGCGAAUUGCGUCUCUGUACUACUGUGAUGGAGCGCAUGACGACUAUGAUAUCCUUACUGACGGUGGUGAGCCUAUGCUGCCGCUCUCGGAGUUCAUAAUCAAGAACAAUCCCUACAGGAAACGCCUUCAAAUGGAAGACUUAUGGGAUCUGCUCCAGAAGAACGAAGAAUACAGAAGAGCCUAUGCCAAGCAAUGGAACGACACAGCUACCGGCCUCGAUAGUGAUGGAAAUCCAGUCGGCAUGGUGGAUGUGCUCCUUUGUCCCGUGGGUCCGGGUGCUGCACCCCCUAUAAACGAGGCCAAAUACUGGGGAUAUACAGCCCAGUGGAACCUACUGGAUUAUCCAGCGGCAGUCUUCCCGGUUACUCGAGUCAUUCCAGAUGUUGAUACAGUAGAAUCCGAUUACAAGCCAAGAAACGAGAAAGAUGAACACAACUACAAACUAUAUGACCCAGAAGUAUAUCGUGAUGCCCCUGUGUCACUGCAGCUUGUAGCCCGUCCUUUCGACGACGAGAAGGUACGCUUUCCUGUAUAA